AAACAAGAAGAAGAAGAUAAAACGCGCGAGAAUUUAGCUGCAGGGUGUCUGGUUUUGUUACACGAGAAGAAAUAAAUUGUUUGUGGAAGCUGUAUGCCAAAUCACUAGCAACAUGGACCGCACGUUUUCGUUUAGCAUGGGUCCGAUAAAAAACAGUACAAUGUCCAGAUCACGUCAAUCGCUUGGCGGGUCGCUUUUCUCCGGAGGCGGAAGGUCUACGAACACGAGCACAUUUGCGCGUCAAGGCUCUGGGCGCUACAGUUUAUCUUCCCGUUCAAAUGUGUCCAGCAUGCGCGUUGUUGCCAAAUCUGAAUACAACAUUCUCGAGUCGUACGGUAUUGCAUUACCUGUGCAAGUGACCGAGGUACUAACGUUUAAUGAACGGAACGUCAACGUCUCGGUUAACUACAGCCCGAAUGGUUGGGCAUGGUUGGUCCAAGGGCGCCGCCUGUUUGUUUGGCAAUAUCGUGAUAGUCCGGUAGGGAAAACUGCUGGGAGCUUCGGUGGAGAUCAAUUUUCGACUCCCCGGCGUCCAUAUGCGGGCCAGUGCCGCCAGCUUACCCUACCGCACUGUGAUAUCGGACACAAGGCUACUUUAGUGACUGUAUUUGUCAACGAAGGAUUUCAGAUGGCAUCAUGCUUGGCAGUUUCCCCCGCAGGAGAUGUGCGCUACUGGCAAUCUAUUGCCCACGAUGGUUCUUCCGUCGAUGAGUGCAACAUUCUCGAAGGACAGGAAUUCGAGCAGCUGAUAGGGCUCAGUGGGCAGGAAUUUAUUCUCGCCACGACCACCUGCAGUUUGGUGCGAUUGAACGUACAUCUGCAGAACGGGCGCUACACGGUCGUUCCACGCCUUAUUAAGCCUCCGUCAGGAUUUUUCGGAGGCAUCGGAAAACGGUUUGCUUCCAUAAUAAUCGGAAUGCACUCCAAUCAGGAACGCGAAAAUAAAUUGGUUAAAAUAAGCUGCGAAAAAGUUUCUCAUAAUCCAAAUGAGUGGCAUAUAACAGUGUUGGCCGAUCGAUGGAUUCAAAGAUGGGCAAUACAACAGCAGCACGGAAACGAGCGUUUUCUUAGUGAAGACGCCGAAAUCAUGAAAAAAAUUCGCGACUUUUUCCACAAAAAACUGUGGAACACACGGGAUGUUUCUGAAAUAGAACUCUGGGCGCUUGAUAUGCAACCUACCGACCGGGGUGUGGUUAUUCUUGCCGCUGCUGUCAAUCAACAGCGUUCCCAGCAAGUGCACUACGCGUUGAUGACGGUUAUUUUUGAACCGGAUAAUUCAUUCACCCUCAAAGAGACAACCGUGAUGCGUUACCAAGGUUUCUAUAGUGCGGAGCGCUUGGCAGAGAUAGUGGAUUUCCGGUUUAUAGCGAAUCGUAGCUUUGUCUACGUUUACAACGACCGAUGCAUCUAUCCGGUGGCAAUCACUGGAACCGGCGGAACUAAUCCACCGGCUUCCGGAGGCAGCAGCGAAGGUAGCAGUCCCACGACACUAUCUGGCGAGGAGGUGGAAAAGAUUGAAUUCCACACUCGCGAGGAUAUGAUACUGAUGGGAAAUUGUUUCCAAAACUCACCGCUCUUUUUCACCCGUCUCAACGGAAUGGUAAUCGUCACGCCAUCCGAUUUCGAUCCCAGUGACAUGUUCAACUCGUCCAUUUCGUCGGAUAUUUUUAACCCGAAUGCGUCCAUCGCCGACACUACCGUUCUCGCGCAGCAGUCGAUCUUUGCACCAGCAACCACUAACGCAGGAAAUUUAAUCCUUUACGAGCUCGACCCGGAAGAAAUCGUUAGCACAGCAACUGCCUAUGAGCAAGACCCGGUGCACCAACUCAAGGCGGCCUUUAUCUACCACAUCAAGCGUAACAAGACAGCGGCGGAAGAAAUCAUCGAUGAGCUGCUAGAAUCAUUCGGUCAGCGAGACAUAAUGGAUGGUGCUCUAGAUCAGACGGUGCUCAAAAUUGCCAUCGACCUUGCUGAAGACACUCCGGCGGCUGAUCCUCGCUGGGAGAUCACGAGCAAACACGCUCUGGGUUCAUCCAUGUCGAUGCAAAUUAUUCAGCAACUGCGUGAAAAAAAUAUUGCCUAUACGCAGUUUAUCGAAUUUCUACACGCCCGGGGUCUUUGGGAUCGCCUCUCCGCAGUCAGCGGUAAUUUCGCGGCCGGAUUCGAUGGUGCCCGGUCUACAGCCUUGUGUCUGUCAGACGUUGGCGAGAAAAUAGUAGCGGCUAUCGGUAUCAAAUGCUUGCAUAACAGUCAUUCGCGAAUAAUGGACGAAGCCAUCAGCCUGGUGUUGCGUCAAUCGAACCGUACUGUUCCGUUUCCCAAUCUGACGCCACAGGAUCUAUUCUAUGCCCAAACUACUCGUGUGGAUGAAUUGUUCAAGGUGCUCGGGGAAUUGGUGGAUGAUUACGUUCGACAGGAGCUGACCCCCGUGCAAAUACAGACGGCGUUAUUCGAGGUGAACACAAUUGUCCUGAGCGUGUUGCAAGAGGUGUUCAAAUAUCGCGAAUCGAAAGCGAGCACAUAUACUGUACGGGAAGAGUUGCGCAACCGAUAUGAGCAAGUACCCUGGACGGCGAUGUCAGGAAAAUACGGGUUAAAAGACGUCCUGUUACAGCUGAUCAAUACAACGCUACGGCAUGGGAUAAAAGGAACGGCGGAACCGGAGUUUCGCAUGAAACACUUUAAGCAUCUGACCGAACUGGUCGACUAUGUAUUGGACGGUCGUAAGACUUAUCUCGAAAGUGUUGGCGAUGAGGAAAAGUAUUCCGUACUACUGCAACAGUACGAGUCACAAAGAAGUGAUCUAAUAUAUCCUUUUGUGGAAGCGCUACAGUAUGAGAUGGCGGCCAAACUAGCGGAAAAGUACUUGGAUUUCCAGACACUAGUUGAAAUAUGCGACAAGACCAACAACCAGGAACGGUUGGACGAGUAUAUAGAACGUUACAAGGAGCACGACUUUUCGCAGUUUGCCAUUAGCUGGCACAUGAACCAGAACAAGCAGGGCGACAUUUUGCAUCGCUUCAAAAAUAACCAAUCCGCGCUGGCACGAUUCCUGGUCGAUCAUCCAUCCAUGGCAUGGAUUCAACUACUGUUUAACGGUGAACUUGCGCAGGCUGCCGAGGUACUACUGUCGCUUGCUCAGCGUGAGAAAGAACUGCUGACACGCAAGAGGGUCAUGCUUUGUCUGGGCAAGCUGUGUCUUCUGGCGGCGGAGGGUGAGAAGCACCAGGAGCAAAUUUGCGGCAUUAACACGGAAUUGGAACUGAUCGAGAUCCAAGAAAACAUUCCACCAGAAGUGUUAGACAUUUUCGGCUACGACACAAAGCACGUCAAGGUGCUCACACCGGAAGAAAUUGUCGACCUUUAUAUCGCCGAUGAGUACAGCAAGUUAAGCGAGAAGGAAUUCCGGUACGCAUUGUCACUGCUGCCCUUCGUUGAGGAACCAAUUGAGGUGCGUCAUCGUAUCUGGUGUGCGGCUAUCCUGCGUGAUUCGUGGGAAGACUACAACAAAAGUGCUCCACUCGAUAGCAUGCAGAACAUGUUGUUUUUUAAGUUGAUCGAUCUGUGCUACAUAUCGGACGUCGGAGAGCUAGAAAACUUCCUGCCGCCGUUGGAGAGUUUCCUGAAUGCUUCCGAGCUUGGUGAACUAACGCAGAGUAAGUCUUUUCAGUAUCUAAUGAAGCUCGGAUACGAGCAUAUCAACGAUUCAUACCGAUAA